UGCGCCGCAGGGAGCGUGUAGUGUACUUUGUGCUCUCGUGUGGGACGCGCCCUUCGCUCGUGCGAUGUUUUCGGCGGUGUUUACGUGUGUCAUCUCAUCCGAGUCCUAGUGUGUGUGUGUGCCUGUGACGGCGUGUGGAUAGAGAGUCCCUGCGAUCGCUAUGGAAGCCUUCAAUGACUUGCAGCGCCACUGGGCCAAGCGAUUCCCGCACUCGAAACUUUCGCUGAUAUGGGAAGAGGACCUGCGCACCCUGUUGUCGACGCACAGACAACGCGUCGCUCAACUGCGAGAGGAACUCGAGCAAGAGGAGUUUCUGGUGCAGUACUUCGAGAGGUACCUGUCGGAUGCUGAACGUGUCAAGCGAUCGUCGUCGCGAGACAACACGGGUGACAGAAAAGCCGGCUCCGAAAAUGGCGACAGUCCGCGUAAUAGCAACGGCGUCGUCGGAACUUCGAACGGAUUGCCCGAGGCGGCGGCCGCCCUUACGUCAUCGAUGUGCGAAAAAGCGGCAAGCUUGAAGCGCGAGAAAGAUUCCAACAGCGUGGAAGGUCUGCCAGCGUCUGUGAACGGCACUACCGACGAGCACGGAAAGCCGUACGUCACCGUGAUCGCUGUGAGUGGCUUUACACGCUCUGCGAGCUCCGAGAGAAGCUUAGCGGCUGCUGCGUCCAGCGGCCCGACGGCAACCACGCCGACUGCUGCCGCUGAAACGCAAGAGGUGAGACGUCGAAGGAAGCCUCCGACGCCGCCUCCUAAACGUGCCAAGUGGCCGCCGCCUUCCGCCGUUGCGCAGCUGGCUCAGAACGAUCCGCCAGCGACACCGGACAGCGCCGAGCCUGUUGCAACCGUCGCGUCGCCGUUAAAUGAUGGCCCGAGCCAAAGCGAACCCGCUGUUUCCAAGGCUCAAAACGACGUUCCGCCUGCGUUCAGCACUUUCCGACCGGCCAGCACCCAGCUAACUCCGUCCCUUGCGCCGACAACGCGACCUCACGGAUACCCACAACCGCAGCGCGCGGCACCUCCGCCACCCACCGCACCGGUCAUCGAGUCGACGGACGACCAAGAUGGAUACGACGUCAUCUACGAUACCGUGGCCCUGGACGACGAAGCGUGCUCGUCCAAGGAGGGCGAAGAGGACCAAGGUUCGAGCCCCGAGCCGGAUUACGUGGAGUUCGGCAAGCUGGAGACGAGGCCGCGCGCCGCGAGGUCCGACGACGCUGGAGGUGCGCCCAGUCCCGUUGUUGCGCCGUCGCCCGCGACGUACGAGAACAUGGCGCUGCUCGUGAAGGCCUCGGAGUCGAUGGACUCCGAGGAGGACGACGCGGCGUCCAUGCUUCGCUCGAUGUCGAGCGACGCCGAGUUGGACCAGGACGCGGGCACUGCGACCACGGGCAGCGAUCACAGCGGUAGCGGCGGCCGCAGCGCCGAGCUGCACCGGUGCAAGACCGAGGAGCAGCUGGACGUCGACUCCGGUGUGUACAGCAGCUCUGUGGAGUCGGCAUCUUUCCUCAGCACGGGCACACCACCAGCAAGGAAGAAGGGCUCCAGGGACAGCGAGCAAGAUGAGGCGGCCCAGGAGGUACCUCCGUCCGAGGCAGAGAUGCUGACCAUGUGCAAGUGCAUCGUGAGCAGCAUAAUCGAAAGUGAGACGGCCUACGUGGACUGUCUUGACACUCUGAAUCAGUAUGCUCGCGCCCUGACCAGUGCCAUUGGGACCAACCAGUCGGUGCUGUCCAAGGAGGAGAUUGACACCAUUUUCUACAAGAUUGAGCAGCUUCACGAGACGCACAAGAACUUUCGGGACGGCUUGCGCAGGAACUGCGAGAACUGGGACGCAAAGCCGACGAUCGGUGAAAACUUCAAGUUCCUGGCAAGUCGCCUCGAAGUCUACAAGCUGUUCUUGGAGAACUAUUCAAAGGCCAUCGAGACUGUGCGGCAUUGUAACGCAUCGAACAUGAAGUUCGAAGAGCUGUUCAAGACUAUAAAGUUAAACACGUCGAAGGGACAGCCAGCCACGCUAGAAGACUUGCUCCACAAGCCAGUGGCAAGGGUGCAGAAAAAUGCCUUGGUUCUUCAUGACCUCCUUCACUACAUACCUAGCAGCCAUCAUGAUUACAACAACCUCAGGGCAGCGCUGAAGCUCACACAGCGGUUUCUGAAUGAACUAAAGCUCAACUCACCAGAAAGCAUGUUCCCACAUCAAGACAGGGCUCCUAGGCAUGUUGUGAAAAACAGCUUCAUCGUGGAAUACUCCGAGGGACACCGGAAGCUCAGGCAUCUUUUCCUUUUCAAUGACGUCAUUGUCUGCGCCAAGUACAAACCUUCUAGUAGACAAAAGUUUACAUUUGAAGUCAAGUGGUAUAUCCCACUCAGCCUUGUUACCCUCAUUGAUGCCACAGGAGAAAUGGAGCCCAUCAGGGAAGAUAACAAGGUCAACGUGUGCCAACUGCGCUCGAGAACAAGCACGUUGAGGGACGCUGUCGCAAAAGAAGAAAGAGAGAACGCUGUGAGUGUUUCUUGUCUGAGGCUGGGAAAGCCACCUGGUCGCAACCUGGAACGAAACAGAAAGAAACUUAGUGAACUGGAGGCACAGUUGGUCCUGCACUCUCCAAACCUGCCAUUUAAGAUUGGCUUCAAGAACACCAAAACGUAUAACUUCUUCCUCUCGUCGGAGUUUGAGAGGUCCCAGUGGAUCGAGGCCAUCAACCACUUGCACAUGACAGCACCGCAGGUUGUCACAACACCCAGCAUCCUCGAACUGCAAAGUUGCAUCACGUCGGCAAGAGGGUGCAUGGGAACCAACAUGGGAUCUUUCCUGACAAGAACAGCCAAAGAUGAGGACCUGCUAUUCGGAGACCUUCUUGUCACUGUCCACAACUUGCAGGGACUCACAACACCUUCAGACAUAUACAUUUGCUUUGAAGUAGACUCCUACGGACAUUUCUUCAAGAAAGCCAAAACGAAAAUAUGUCAGAAUACAAUGGAACCAAACUUUAACCAGGAAGUUGUUAUUGACCUGGACGGGUCCCAAACACUCCGGAUCCUUUGCUAUGAGGAGCAAAUAAAGAACGGCACGACGAUAACUGAGCUUCGGGGAAAGGCUGCCUUCGAGAUGAGCCGUUCCUGGCUCACCGACAAGUACCAGGAGAAGUCCUUCAGCCUACAAGAUUUCACACUCAACCUCAGCAUAAAGUACAACUCUUCGGAUGUUGGACUACAGAGGGUUCCGUCGUGUAAACCCGUUGGAUCUUUCGGAGUCAAAGUGCAACAGGUUUGCAAGAAGGAAAAGAGUGCGGUGCCAUUCGUGAUCACAACGUGUGUCCGGGAGGUUGAGCGUCGAGGUAUCAAUGAGGUGGGGCUCUACAGGGUGUCUGGCUCUGCGUCAGACCUCCAGAGGUUGAAGAGGACGUUUGAGAAUGAUCCCUACGAAGCUGAGCAACUGCUCAAGGAGGUCGACAUCAACAAUGUCACUGGUUUACUGAAGCUGUACCUGCGUGAGCUUCCCGAGGCCCUCUUCACUGACGCUCUCUAUCCUAAAUUCUUCGAAGCAUUUAGUAAACAUGACCAAGAGGAAAAGAAGAACAUGCUCCUGAGCCUCUUCAGCAAACUUCCCGAAGUAAACCAAAAUGUCACCGUGUUCCUGAUUGAUCACAUGGUCAAGAUCAACUCCAACGAAGCGCAGAACAAGAUGUCCCUUCACAAUUUGGCAACCGUGUUUGGGCCGUCCAUAAUCCGUCCCUGCAGCGGUGCAGUGGGCCAGAGCCCCAGCGACCUGCUCACCACCAGCACCGUUGACGUCAUGGCUCAGGCAGGUAUUCUCUACUUCUUCCUGCGGCGGAGGGCAGCGGGCCUCUCUCUCACCCUCGACAGCCGAGAAGCGUCUCCUACCGAAGCGUGAACAAGACUAGUAGUGUGUGUGCAUUGCGUCUUUAGCAUCCUUCAGACGCUCAAGAACAGCGCAAAAGUCUGUCUGACAAUGCAGCUAAAACCGCGUCUGCGUCAACAAGGAGACAUCGAGGAAAAGGAAAGCCGCUAAUCUAGUUACUGUUCCUCCCUGACGGUCAUGGUAACAUCGCCCAUUGCAAAGCUGUUGCAUCGAGAAUGAAGUUUUUAUUUUGCGUGUGUGUGUGUGUCUGUAUGUGUGCAUGUGAGGCCUUCUUAUACACAGUGGACAUUUGACAGUGGACGUUCCGUGGCCUUCACACUCAACCAAGAGUGUGUGCCACUUGUGUGCUAUGUAUACCGCUGCACUCGUUGGAAUGAAUGUAACCUUUCAACGAUGUGUGCACCUAUCACGAGGCAGAAAAGUAAAGCACUGCGGGUUUAAGCUACUUCACAGUCCACCGUAGUGUUACCUGAUGGAGUCAGGCCAAUGGUUUAUUGAAAGCUCGAAGAGAAAAGAAGGCAUCUUUAGUUUUCUGUAGAUCCACAGUGAACAGUACGUUUUCGGUUGACCUCGUGUUACAGGAACCAGCCAGCGAACAACAAAGUUUCCGCUGAUCUCCUAGACACUCUGUGCCCCAGGCACUUGCUGUAAUAUCUUUUCUACAGCGCCGGCUUUUACUGACAGAGCCUCUUUCUGGUGACCUGUUUUUUUUUUACUGUAUCAUGGUGUUUAUUUCAUUUUUGUGUGGGUGUCAUUGAUACACGAUUCCCUAAUGCCAUGCACUCCAGCCUGCGUCUACUAGCUGUGAUUUGCCACCAUUCAAGGUCUUGUAGCACAUAUACACACCUUUACAGUCUUUGCCAAAAAUUAAGCCAUUGCUUGGUGUCUAAUUGUAUUAGUGUACCCCAUUAUUGAGUGGUCCUCUGUGGCUAAUCGGCUAAUCAGAAAUGGGUACACCGUAGUCCGUCACUUCCUGCAGCACUCAUCUAACCAAAGCUCAACAGAGGCACCAGUUAGCCGCCCAACUACUGGUACAGUACUGUGCGCAAUGGUUUUGAAACUGUCGACAAGGACAUUACCUCUUUGGUGCAGAAGCAACGAAUUCCCCUCGGCUAAAGUAAGAAAUUACUGUAAUUUUCGUCGCAGUCAUCAAUUAGCGACCAUCUAGACAUAUUCAGUGCACAGCUUGAGCUGCAGUAUCAUAGCAUGUGCCACUCUACACCCUUUUUGUCUUCGCUUAUGUGUGUCCAUUCCACUGCUUUAACAAAGCACGCUACUGUGUGGCUAAGCUAGCUUUAUGGUGUGUUUAUCUAACUAGUCUAUAAUUGCUGUCACCUUCAAGUCUGUGUGGGCCCAUCGCUCUUACCUCUGUUUUAUGUACGUAACGUCCGGACCCGCUCACGCCAUUCGCGUUUUAAGCCAGAGCUGUUGUGAUUCUUGUCGGCCAAAAUGCAUUUCUCUCCCAUCUGAUAGGUCUCUUCUGUUACCGUGAUGUUACUGUUUGCUCAUUUGUUUUUGUGUGUUUCAAAUAGGUUGUCAGUAUUUGUGGACCAUAUGCCCAUUUUUUUUAGAUUUCUCUACAUGACAAUUUGUGUUAUAUGGCCAUUCAACUUUUACUGCCUUCAGUGGCAGAACCUUUUGUUUAUGUCGUUCUGUACUGUCUUUUCUUGUCAUUAGGCUUUUCGUUUCCUUUAAAGGUCUUUGCUGAAGUGUUCAGUGCUCGUUACUGCAUUGAUCUCUGCGUUUCUUUAGUUCUAUAUUGCUCGGCGUGUCAUCACUGCAGACAGGUGUCGAAUUUCAAUUGUUGACUAUGCAUGUCACAAAAUGCCCUCGAUUUAUUAAUAGAUCUUCUUUUCUGCUUGAAUUAGUUUCUUGCGCUUCUGUUCAUGCAACAGCCUCAUUGCCUGAUAGACCAAGACAUCGCCCAUGAACUCUUAUGCUCGUUUCAGGAAUGAUGCCAAAUUUAGAGCCUUUCUCUCUUUUAAUCAAUGUUCCAAGGACUACUGCGAGCUUUUGGUAACUAAGCAAUGGUGUAUUACUGCUCAGGCCAGAUGUGUUUUCUUACCAGAGGUUUUAUGUGAAAAAGUAAUUUUGGAUGACAAUGCGGUGUAGCUGAAUCAUACAACUCUUCAGAGAGGGAUGUUUAGCAAUGUGUCACUGCACCAUAGCAUACAUUUUAACAAAUACUAUAAUGAUGUAUAACUGUAUUUUUAUUGAUGACCAGUAUUCACAUAGAGUUCUCUUUUUUUCGGUGACUUUUUUUGUCUUGUUUCUAAUUUUUUUCAGCUUUACAUCUACUGCCAAAUAAUACCACCUUGUUUAGAGUAUAAUGAUGUGCUGUUUAUUAUCUUCUUCAGCAUUUAACUGUGCUGCUAUCUAAAUGAACCAUUGUACGCAUGACAACACUAACUACACUAUGUCGCAUGUGUGUCCUUUUUGCUGUUUGUAAAUAACCGGUAUAGACAGUUUUUACAUGACGCUUUGUACAUUCGCGAGUAUGACGCCCCACCAAGUCCCGGGCAUGGUACCUUGUAUAUUUUUUCUUUCAUUUUUGUAGCAAAUUUUGUGCAGAUAGCGUGUUCUUGAACGUUUCUUUUUUUUACACUAAUGUCAUCAAAGCAUCUACUGCUGCGACCUGCUUACGAAUGUGUGCUUAUUAUGUUUGAAUGUGUAUUAUGUCUUAGUUUAGCAUGACUGCAAGCACUUUUGUACCAUAGCGCUCAAUAUGCGAGUUUCUAUCUGAUGCCCAACUUUUGAAAUGCUUACAUAUUGCCAUUAAGUGCUUCUGUCAUGGAGACUACACAAAUGCCAACAGACUACUAACAUAACAGACCAGCAGAGUCAAGUCUUCUUGAUUCUCGAAACAAAGGCAGUGUUAUGCAGGUCCUCAACGUUCUUACAUAACAUUGAAGUGUUUUGUAUCAUGCCUCAAAUAUACUGCCAGAUUUCUAAACUGGCAUGCUGCUUAUAACGACUGCCAUUUAAUAUAAUGACAAGUUUUAUUAAGCUUCACCCUUGCAUGUUGACAAAGGUGCAAUCUGAUGGUUAAAAACAAAUUAAAGCAUGGAACUACUACAUUGGAGUAUGAACUUGUCUGCUUGGCUCAGUAUUUAAUAUAGGGCUUUAGACAAAACCUUUUUUCUUUUAAGUCUUUUCUUCCACAAGACCCACUGAAUUAAGUCAGAACAAACAUUACUUUUUCUCAUUUUAAAGCAAAACGGCACGUUAUUCUCUAUCAAAAAACAUAGCUGCUCCUGUGCCACGUCUUUAAGAACCAAGCAUGAUUAGGGACCAUGUGUCACACUUCCACGACAUACGCACUGUUUUGUAGCACAAUGUAGCCUCAUUCUCGCACUUAUGCUCAAGGUUGUGCCUUGUCUGCCUUCAUGUGGUAAAACAUUUAUUGGAAAUAUGAGAGCCUAAUUUCAAGCAGCUAGUAUCGGACUUUUGGGCAAGAGUGAAGAGUCUCUUCUUGCAAGUUGCUACCAACAUAAAGAUAUAGUGUGAGGGCGCCUGGAGAAAUGCAUGGGACAUAUGAAUCGCAGCGGGCGUGCAGCUGUUAUACCACGCAGCUGCACGUUGCUAAGAUGCCCCGUAAGACCACUGCAGCUUUCAGAAAAAUGAAAUCGCUGCAGUGCUUGUAAUCUGCUGGAAAAAGCACUUUGUGAGAAAAGUCCUUAAGGUACCUGCCUUAUUUCAGAAAGCCCGUGUAAACAAUCACUUUGCUUUGAAUGAAGUGAAUGUAAUACAGAGACAGUGCCGCUAGCCUGAGGAGUUUGAUUAAUGCUAAUUCGUUCAAGUUAUGAUCAAGUCAAUUCUUUCUAGUGAUGCAAAAUCCACAUUUCACCCCUUUGUUUUGUCUAGGGGUUACUGUUUUUCUGUUAAGCAUUAAGGUUACAGGUUCGUAAGGAACACUAAAUAAAAAUAAGCAUAACUGCAUUGCAUGGCAAUUAUGCCAGAAAUGAAGGUUACGUGCACGCACAUUCAUCGCCAAUGUUUCAAGCACGGUGAAGAACCUUUUCUGUUCGCGAGCUCAUUUUGUGUUGGAGAAUGUUGCAUAAGUGCCUCGCGAGGAUUUCGUAAAUUUCCCGUGCAAGCACUUCAAAGUAUACUCUGCAGGGGACCAUGCUACAGCUCCAUGCUCACUGCAUUAAGGGUCAGAUCGUCAUGUUUUAGGUUUUAUUUGAACAUCACUGCAUCAUACUGUAGCUUUUAGGGACCAGAGUGCAAUUUUCUAACUUUACUUUGCCGAGUGUCUUUUCUAUAAAAGUAUUUACAAUAUUGCCACUUCAAGCCUAAAGAAUUCAUUUUGUAAUGUAGUUCUGUACUAAGGGAUCUUUUUCGUUUUGACAAGAAGGAACUUUAGCUUAGGAGGAAAGAUGUGUUUCACAAAUACUUUUUUCAUUGAAUAGUACAAGCAACUUAAAAGUGCAUGACUAUGACUAUGAUAGAGCACACUUAAGUUGUGAACCAUCGCGUCUGCGAGAUUUUCAGUAUUCUAAGUCUUGCGCCUUUCAUGCCAUCGUCUAUGGCUAGUUCCCAAUGUAGUCGUCAAACUCGAAGAGGCGACUCGAAUCAGAGGAAGUUGGGGGGAGGGUUAUGAUUAUACUUUUUAUUUUACGUUGACACUACUGCGAGUUACACUUGCGACACCUCUUGCCUGCAUCAGAGAUGUGACAGCUUUGUGUGCUAGUGCUUUGAUUUGGCUUUAUUACUCUUUGUCUGAGAGGUUGCCACAUGAUGCAACCACGUCUUGAAACAGAAAAUUGUCGUGCUGUAGUGAUCGUUUGUAAAUAGUUAUGAGUGUGAAGCACGGUGUGAACAUGAUGUGGUUGAUGUGGUGACGGGAGUUUUUUUGUACAUAUAUUCUUUAAUAAAGCCCAUGGACUGUUUU